UCCUGAAUCCUGAACAGGAUAAGUGAUGCAAACAAUGGAAGAAUGGCAAAGCUUUUUUACACACUUAAGGACAAAGCCAAGCACAAAAAUCAUGUACAUGAAGAAAUAACUAUUUAUUAGUCCCCUUCAUACUGUACAUAUUUAUUACAUACAUGGGAAUCAGUGCUUUGCUCAAAGGCAAACUGCCACAAAUAUUACAACAUAUUGAAACAGCUUAUUAAAACAUUACUACUACAUUACUACUACUACUACUAUUACUACUAUUACUCUUGCUUUUUUGUACUAUUAGUAUUCUGUAAGUCCUAUAUGUUGAAGAAUAAACAUUUUACAUUACAACAGUCAAUUCUGAAAGCGCAAAAACAUUCACUUAUUGCUGGGUCCCUGUAGUAACCUGAUCAACAGUGCAGUUGAGACUGGUUACACUGGUUACUUCAUUUGACCACAUGAAAAAAUGACAAUAAAAGUGAGCAUUAUCUUUGUAAAUGCAGUUUUUUUAGAUUGUGCAGAUAUACCUAAUGUGUCCAGUGCUGCUGAAAGAAGAGGUCAGUGGAGCACCAGCCGGUCUCUGAUCUUGAAGCUGACCAUGCCCAGCAGCAGUAGUGCGGGAAGAAAGGCAUACAGUAGGACAAAGUCCAGAGUGUAGCGGGACACAGCGCCGGGGUAGCCUUCAUCGAUGAUCUGAUCGCCUUGAGUGAUGAGACAGUCUCCUGGGAAUGGUCUGGAAUGAUCUGAGGUGAAGAAGAACCAGCCGCUGAACACCUGCAUGUCUUCAAAGUGUUCUCCGUGAUGUAAAGAAGAUCUUACUGCAUGUGAAGUGAAGUCCGUGGAACUCUGUGACGAUGAGGAGCUCACAGCUGUACUUCUGGAAUCCAGAGCCCACUAGGAUCCCUGCUAUGUUGAGCAGAGCCAUUCCAGUGUUCACCAUGUUUGGGUCUUGGACCACUCCCAACAGAACCACAGUCAGCAGCUCACCUGGAAAACAUGGAAAAAUCCCCCAAGUUGCAUGAAGAGUUCGGAGCGAGGUUGGUGGAUAGUGACAAUGACGAUGCGGUUCCUGCGGGCCAGCUCCGCCAGCAGCACCACGAUCUGAUUGGCCGUCAUGCUGUCCAGUCCCGUGGUGGGCUCGUCCAAUAGGAUCACCCCUGCAAUGACAUCAGGGCCCACCCGCCAUGACUUGACUUUUAAAACUCUUGAGGGAGAGACAUCUUGACGACACACAGUGUAGGUGGAAGAGGAACUCACGGGGGUCUUGAAGGAGCUGGCUGGCGAUGGAGACCCUCCUCCUCUCGCCUCCAGAGAUUCCUGGGAAUAUCCGGCCACCGAUGACACUGUGGGCCACGUGACUCAAACUGAGCUCUGCCAUCACCGCAGACACCUGAGGGGUGCAGCAUAUUGGCAGGGCUGCAAUCUACCAAUCAUCGUGCUCCAGGAAUUCUGCCUAGCAACCUCAAGACAAACAUGUGACGUGGCCAGGAGAAACAAGAAAGAAUCAGCUAACCCGAGUUGCCCAGGAUGCCCAUAAUCUGCCCGCUGUCCACAUGGAAGGAGACGUCGUUAAGGAUCUGACGAGUCCAUCUCUUCCUGUGGGAGGGCAAGUCCCACCAGGGCCCCACGCGCUCACUGCAACACAAACACACACACACAUAUAUAUCUUGUGUUCUGUUUUUAUACUUAAAACAUAGGUCUAUAGAACUAAGACAGUAGAAUGAAAGUAGGGCAUCUUUCUGCAGGGUGUUACCUGACAGAGUAGGACAUCUUGCUGACACUGAGGCAGCAGCAAGGCUCCAGCCUCUCUUCUUCGCCAUCUUUCAUCACCUCAGACACAAACUUGAAGGACUCUUUGGGCUCAGUCUCUUGGCUGACCUGGUCCAGCUGCACCGAGUAGAGUCUGUUCAUGUCCUCAGCUGUCUUUGCUCCGCGCUGCUCUAACUAACUAACCAACAGCAGCAGCAGAGCCAUAAACACACUGCAGGCUGGUCACCUUAUCGCAGGGAACUUUGAUCCACGCCUGUAUAGAGAAGACGGAACGACGAGUGCUCGUAGAGACGACUGCUCGCGUGUCCUCGAAUGCAGCACGGAGCAGACAACAGGACAUGACUGUGGGACACUUUUUUGAGGACGUGAGAGCAGAGCGUGCAAACUAGUUCGUGCAGAGUGACAAAGAGAAGAAGUUAAAGACAGGAAGAGGAGGAGGACGGGGAUGAGAGGUGGUAGAGGUGGGGGGGCUUCAUUCACCUUUUGACCUGACAAACAUUGACCUGCACGUUGCAACAUGAUGGACACCAACAGCGGCUUCACUCACCCCAAUGGAUCCUCACAGCAGCAUGCAGACACACAAUUGUUCUCCUCAGAGGAGGACAGCAGUCUCUACUUCACAUACUCUGGUGACUGCAACCAGCUGGAGGUCAACAACCUGCAUUAUGAGGUGGACGCAGCAGCUCAGAUUCCGUGGUACGAGAGGCUGUCAGAGUUCAAGUUGCCGUGGGAGAUUAAAGGAGACAAGCAGACGGCCAUCAGCAGUCUCAGCCUUCGUGUUCGCAGUGGACAGAUGCUGGCCAUUAUUGGAAGUUCUGGCUGCGGCAAAACGUCUUUGUUGGACAUCAUCACGUGUCGAGACGAAGGCGGCGCCAUGACCUCCGGCCAAAUUCUGAUCAACGGUCGACCCAACACGGCCCAGCUGGUGAAGAAGAGCAUCGCUCACGUGCGGCAGGACGACCGCCUUCUUCCUCACCUCACCGUGCGGGAAACCCUCACCUUCGUGGCCAAACUGCGGCUGCCCACGCGCUUUACGCAGGCCCAGCGGGACCAGAGGGUGGACGACGUCAUCGCAGAGUUGCGACUGAGACAGUGCGCCCACACCAGGGUGGGUAAUGACUACGUGAGGGGGGUCUCCGGAGGGGAGCGGAGGCGGGUCAGCAUCGCCGUCCAACUCCUCUGGAACCCUGGUAUUUUAAUUCUGGACGAGCCCACGUCGGGCCUGGACAGCUUCACGGCCCACAACCUGGUGAUCACGCUGUCCCGCCUGGCUCGGGGAAAUCGUCUGGUGCUGCUGUCCGUCCACCAGCCUCGCUCGGACAUCUUCCAGCUCUUCGACCUGGUCGUCCUGCUCUCGUCGGGCUCGGCCGUCUACUGCGGCGCCGCGCGGGACAUGGUGCCAUACUUCACGGCGCUGGGAUACCCGUGCCCGCGAUACUGCAACCCCUCUGACUUCUACGUGGACCUGAUCAGCAUAGACCGCCGUAGUCCAGAACAAGAGGCUGAGUGUUUGGAACGGGCUAGAGUGUUGGCCGAGCAGUUUAUGGAGAAGGUCCGAGACACGGACGACCACAUGUGGAAGAGCAGCACGUGUCCAACACACACUGACAGUAUCGUUUCCAGUUCUCCGCAGCCCGAUAAGGCGGCUGAAGAAGAAGCGACCAUCAUCGUCUCCAAGGAAAGAGACCGUCUGCCAGGCAGACUCCAGCAGUUCACCAUCCUCAUCAGACGUCACAUGUACAACGACUACAGAGACCUGGUCACCCUGCUGGUGCACGGCCUGGAGUCCCUGCUCAUGUCUCUGUUGGUGGGCUGUCUCUACUACGGCGCCGGCGAGCAGCGUCUGUCCAUUCAGGACACGGUGGCCCUCCUCUACAUGAUCGGAGCGCUCACGCCCUUCGCGGUGGUGCUGGACGUCAUCGCCAAAUGUCACAUGGAGAGAGCCAUGCUGUACCACGAGCUGGAGGACGGCAUGUACUCCGUCACCUCAUACUUCUUUGCUAAGGUGCUGGGUGAGCUACCGGAGCACUGCGUCUUCACGUUGGUCUACGGCCUGCCCAUCUACUGGCUGGCGGGCCUGAACGAGGCGCCGGACCGCUUCCUGCUCAACUUGCUGCUGGUGUGGCUGAUGGUGUACUGCAGCCGCUCCAUGGCGCUCUUUGUGGCCGCCGCCCUGCCCACUCUGCAGACCUCCGCCUUCAUGGGCAACUCCCUCUUCACCGUCUUCUACCUGACCGGAGGCUUCGUCAUCAGCCUGGAGAACAUGUGGCUGGUGGCUUCCUGGCUGUCUCACGCCUCCUUCAUGAGGUGGGGCUUUGAGGGUCUGCUGAAGGUGCAGUUUAGAGGGAACAAAUAUCCUGUCGCCAUCGGGAACUUCACCUUUAACGUGGACGGAAUAUACGUGGUGGAGGCCAUGAGCAUGAACCAGUACCCUCUGUACUCGUGCUACCUGGUCCUGCUGGCCGUCUGUCUGGUCUUCAUGGCGCUCUACUACGUCUCCUUGAAAUUCAUCAAGCAGAAGUCCAGUCAAGACUGGUGAUCCUGUCUGGACCCAUGACAACUGGAAUCACACGCACUUUUGAGAAAGUUGGGUUCAAGUUCGACCGGUUCGACACUGAACCAUCAAACGUCAUGUAAGAUCAUUUUAAAACAGACUUUAGAACGUUAAGAAGUACUCAUAAAAGAUGUUAAGCGAUGAAUAAAUACUACAAAUGAGCACAUUUCAGCAUGCAAUAGUAAACGUGCUCGUUGCAGUACCACAGUCUGCGGCUGGAUGGCAGCAGAGCUCCAUAGCGACAUUGAACUGAAGCGCGUCUUGUCAAACGAUGAGAGCGCCACUUUGGCAGAUAUCCAUCAGCAGAUUUCACUUCAAUCUUCAUGUUUUUGUCUUUAUCUUUUUGUAUAUGUAAGGUUAUUAGGCUUAACAGCAGUGAAGCCUUGUAGAUUUACAAUGUCAUCGCACUCAAAACAUGAAUAAAAACAUUGUCCUCCAAUGUAACAAUGAAUUGUUUUUGCAGUGGUGCAAAACCUGACAAAUGCAUUUGUUGUUUACAAGUACAAAUGAGUAAAACU